CUGGUUUUCGCAUUGUAGUUUUUAUUAAUUUAUUUAUUAUCCAUUGAUGGAUGGAUGACUGCUGAAAGUAGUACGCGUCUGCACCAGCUUUUGUAUAAAUGACAUUAAAAGUGCGCAUGCCAUCCGAAUGCCUCCCUUCUUUUUACCUCCACUUUGCACUUUCUAUUCUAUUUUGUAUUUUUCACACAACUUCCAGCCAUGAUCAGAAUCCCACUGGCCAAGCACUACGGCUAUCGACUCAGCCAACAACUGAGCCAAAUCCACCACCGCCAUAGGCGGAUGUUCGGAUCGAUGACAGUGAUCCCAAACACGACAGAGCCAAAAUCUGCAAUCUUCCAAGAAAAUGCCCAAAGCAUGGCACAGGCCGUCCACGACCUCGAGCAUCAAAUCCAACAAGCGCAGCGCGGAGGCACCGAGCAGGCCCGGGCCAAACACGUAUCGCGCGGCAAGCUACUUCCGCGCGACCGCAUCGCCAAGCUGCUCGACAGCGGCUCGCCCUUCCUCGAGCUGUCGCAGCUGGCCGGCCACCAGCUAUACGAGGGAGAGAAUAUUGCUGGCGGCGGCAUCAUCACGGGCAUCGGAAGGGUGCGCGGAACCACGUGUAUGGUGGUGGCCAACGACGCGACGGUCAAGGGCGGCACGUACUACCCGAUCACAGUGAAGAAGCAUUUGCGCGCGCAAGAAAUCGCGCGCGAAAACAAGCUGCCGUGCGUCUACCUAGUGGACUCUGGCGGCGCCAACCUGCCACACCAAGCGGAGGUAUUCCCGGACAAGGACCACUUUGGCCGCAUCUUCUACAACCAAGCCGUGAUGUCCGCCCAGGGCGUGCCGCAGGUGGCCGUGGUUAUGGGCUCGUGCACGGCUGGAGGAGCCUACGUGCCGGCGAUGGCCGACGAGAGCAUCAUUGUGCGACGCCAGGGAACCAUCUUCCUCGCUGGCCCGCCAGGACCUUGGCGGUGCGACCUGCACUGCCGCACGUCGGGCGUCACCGACCACUACGCUGUCAGCGACGCGCACGCGCUGGACCUGGCACGCGAAACUAUCGCGCACCUCAACAUCACGCAGCCAGCGGCCACCGCCAGCAGCCAGGCCUUCGACGACCCCUGCGGUAUCGUCGGCACCAACCUGCGGCGGCCCUACGACGUGCGCCAAGUGAUCGCGCGCUUGGUCGACGGCAGUCGACUACACGAGUUCAAGAAGCUUUACGGCACGACGCUGGUCACGGGCUUUGCACACAUUCACGGGCAGCAGGCUGCGCAGAAGGGCGCUCACUUUAUCGAGCUCUGCACACAGCGCCAAAUCCCUCUGCUGUUCCUGCAGAAUAUCACGGGCUUUAUGGUCGGCAAGGCUGCCGAGGCCGGCGGCAUUGCCAAGCACGGAGCCAAGCUGGUCACUGCUGUGGCCUGCGCCCAGGUGCCCAAGCUCACUGUGCUGAUUGGCGGCAGUUUCGGCGCCGGCAACUACGGCAUGUGCGGCCGCGCCUAUGCACCGCGCUUCCUGUGGAUGUGGCCGAAUGCGCGCGUGUCGGUUAUGGGCGGCGAGCAGGCCGCUGGCGUCCUGGCCCAGGUCAAGCGCGACACUGGCGCGCUGUCCGCCGAGCAGGAGGACGCGUUCAAGCAGCCCAUUGUUGCCAAAUACGAGCACGAGGGCCACCCAUACUAUGCGUCCGCGAGGCUGUGGGAUGACGGCGUGCUGCGGCCUCAGGAUACCCGGCGCACGCUGGCGCUGGCGCUGAAGGCCACUAGCCGGACUGCCGGGGACGAGACCAAGUUUGGAGUGUUCCGCAUGUAGGCUCGUGAUUUUUGAUUU